AUGCACUCAGCCGACAAGCGAAAGUUGGACGAUGAGGACCACAGUUCAGCUCCGAAGCACCGGAAGGUGAUCGGUCCCUCCCUUCCUCCAGGUCCAACUCCAGAUACGGAAAAAACAGGCCCGGCAGUCUCGGCAGACUCAGCAGAUAGUGACACCGGCAGCGACAGCGAUGAUGACUUUGGUCCGAGUUUGCCCCCAUCUGAUUCCUUGCCCGGAUCAGCUCCGUCGAAUUCCAAAGCUUCCAAUGUAGUGGAGCUGCCUGAGGUGACCGAGACAGAGAAGGAGAGCCAGCGAGAUCAAUGGAUGUUACAACCUCCUUCUCAAUCUGACUGGGCCUCCAAAAUCGACCCUACACAGCUCAGGAAUCGCAAAUUCAAUACAGGAAAAUCGGCCAAUGUCCCCAAGAAAAUGGAUUCGUCGUGGGUUGAGUCCCCAGAGGAGCGCAUGAAGCGCUUACAGGAUGCGGUGAUGGGAGUCGGUGCCUCGACAGAUCAACCCCGGGACUUGCCAUCCAAUGCAAAGUCUAAAGAAGAUCAGAUUCGACGAUACAAUGACAAGAAUAGGAAAAAGACUCGUCUGGAAAGCUCCGAUCAGAAUCGAGAGGAAGAUGAUGACCCAAGCGCGCGCGCGUUUGACCGUGAAAAGGACAUGGCCGUUUCUGGGAAAGUUUCCAACGCACAGCGUCGGGAGAUGGUGAAGAAAGCUGCGGACUAUGAUACCCGAUUCACCAAGGGAAGCUUCUUGUGA